AUGCCGACCGUCGCGCCGCCCUCGUCGACCUCCUGCCCCAAGGAGCUGUGGCAGGAGUCGAAUUUCUUCUGGCUGACAGGCUGGGAGGAGCCCGAAGCGGUAGCUGUCAUAGAAAAAACUGGUUCUAACACCGGCGACUAUGUCUUGCGUCUUUUCGUACAGCCGAAAAACCCGAGAGAUGAGCAGUGGUCUGGUUACCGCAACGGAGUUCAAGCUGCCCAGGAUGUUUUCAAUGCCGAUGAGGCUUACUCAAUAGAUGGCAUGGGUUCCCUACUACCAGACAUGUUGAACAGCGCAACCUCGAUCUACGCCGAUGCACCGCCCACAGAAAAGGCCAGCAAGAGCUCGCUCCUGGAUAUGUUCUCAGGAAAGACGUCAUGGCCCUCCAGGACACCAUUAUACCCACUCAUGAACAAGCUCCGGGUUAUCAAGAGCCAUGCGGAGGUGGCCAACAUGCGUCGGGCGGGGCAGAUUUCCGGGCGUGCCAUCACUGAUGCCAUGCGGCGACCAUGGACCAAGGAGAGAGAUUUGCACGCCUUUCUGGACUACCAAUUUAUUGUCAACGGCUGCGAAGGCUCCGCAUACAUUCCUGUAAUCGCCGGCGGUGAACGCGCCAACUGCAUUCACUACACAGUCAACAACAACGUUUUCCGUGAGGGCGAAUUUAUUCUCAUAGACGCCGGCGGGCAGUACGGCACGUACAUUACCGACAUUUCUCGAACAUGGCCUGUAACGGGCAGGUUCACCGCCGCGCAGCGUGACCUGUACGAAGCUGUGCUCACGGUGCAACGCAAAAGCGUUGAUCUUUGCCGACAGAACGCGCGCCUGUCGCUCGAGGAUAUCCACGGCCUGACAGUCCGUGGACUCAUCGAAUCUCUACGCUCGAUAGGCUUUGACGUAUCAAAUGCCAACAUUGACCAACUGUUUCCUCACCACGUCGGGCACUAUAUUGGCCUAGAUGUGCACGACUGCCCAGGCUAUCCGCGCCGAGAGGUUCUACGCCGCGGCCACUGUGUGACUAUCGAGCCUGGCGUAUACGUUCCCGACGACGAGCGCUGGCCUGCCCAUUUUCGUGGCAUGGGUGUGCGAAUAGAGGAUAGCAUUUGCGUUGACGAGACCGAGCCGUACAUUCUUACCACCGAGGCCGUCAAGGAGAUUGCCGAUAUUGAGGCUCUCCGUGCAUAG